AUGACGUCAACCUCUUCUCCGUUUUCUCUGUUUCGUCUUCCUCAUGUUGUAUUAUCAGAAGUAUUCAACUCAACGACUCCUGAUGAAAUAAUAAGAAUCUCCCUGUGCUCGAAAAGAGCUGCCCGAGUCAUAAAGUAUACUUCUAGCAAAUGGAAAAAGACAAAAUGGCUGGAAUUGAUUUUGCAAGAAACCCAACCAUCCGUUGUGAAAUAUGAGGAGUUCUCCCUUCUAUCGAUUUCCCAUAUUUCUGAAGUAGAAGAUCAGAGACAGCUUGAGAGUUUAAAGAUUGGGGAGUCAACUGUUCCAGUGGACACAUCAAAUAUGGUCACUUACUGGAAGGAUAAGCUAAAAGGAGUCAGAAGUGUGAUGGAGUACGUCAUGGACAUUUUUAACUCUGAAAUCGAAACUUUUGAUAUAACCGAAGACGCAACGUCAUCCGAGAUUCACUAUAUUUUCCAGUGGAUGGCUAAAAGGAAAACUGUCUUCUCCGUCUGCAUACUGAACUUGAAUAAUGUGACGACGGAUGAUCUCAACUUCUUUUUCCGUAACAUCCAAUUCAAUGAAACUGUCUGUCUAGAGGGAUUUCUUCUUCCUAAAUCCUAUCGAUACCAAAGAAAUUCAUUUUGGACUUUUCCAAGAGGCCUCAUAAAUGCACACAAUGGGUCUUGGAUGAGAAUGAGUCAUUUACUUAGAAUGAAUUGUCUCAACAUUACAGUUAUGGACGUUCCAUUUACCAACAAAGAAAUCAAUUGUUUCUUGAAAAAAUGGCAGGCUGGAGAGGCAUGUCCUCUGUUGAACUAUCUACAUUUCGGCUUCACAAAACUCUUGAAUUUGGAAGAAAUAAUUGAAGGAUUGGAUGGGAUUAAAGUGCCAGGUGACGUUAUUAGAGAGUAUAAGAUAGGGAUGUAUCCGGGCAAGAAUAUCCCAUUUCCGGGUGGCUACAAUAUCAAACGGAACGAUGGAACCAUGGCUACAGUAUGCAUAUUUACUUUUCCUCAAAUUCCGCAAACUCAUUUGAAAAUUGCAGUCUCACCAGAAUUGGCUUCUUAA